GCUAACAAGUAAGGUUGAUACUGUACUUGACAAAGUUAAUAUUUCGCCACGAGGUUGCGCGUUUUUUUUUCGCUGUGAAAAAAAAAAUUUUUUUCCAUAUACAAUACACAACAAAUAUAUAUAAAAUAAUUUGUUUAAAAAAAAAAGACGACAUACACACACGCGAGUGAGUGAAUGAAAUUCUUCUUUUUUCUCGCUUAGAAAAAAAAAAUAAUAAUAAAAAAAUUCACGAAAAAUAAAAAUAAAAUGAAAUCUUCAUUAAUAAAAUAAUAAUAAUAAAAAAAAGUGAAUAAAAAAAUAAUAAAUAAAUAUUUAAAAAUAAAAUAUUGUACGCGGUACACGUCGUCGUCGUUUUCGUCGCUCGAAUCGUCGUCGUCGUCAUCAACGAGAGAAUAUUAUUUAUAUAAUAAUAAAUAAAAAAAAAUAAAUUCAAAAAAAAAAGAGACAGUGAAAUGCGAGUAAUUGAAAAUUAAAAAAAAGAGAAACAAGAAAAAAAUAAAUAAAAAGGGAUUUUGGAUUUUAUUGAUUGAAAAUUAUUAAAAAAUAAAAAAAGUGAUCUCAAAGAGACAAAAAAAAAAUUUAUAAAAAAGUGUGUAAAUAAAAACAUUGAAUAAAUAUUUAAAAAAAAAUAGUUCGCGUGCAAUACUAUAAAAAAAUUAUUCGGUUUCGAUCAAGAAAAACGAAUAAAAUUUAAAAAAAAAUAUAAAAUACAGAAAAAAAGGCCAUCAUACAGAGAAGUGAUAAGCUAAAAUUUUCGUUUCAACUCAGUUAACUGACACCCAUCAACAUUUACUACCACACAAUGAACGGCUUUGGAUCUCCCUGGCCCUCGCCACCGAGACUCGAGAACAUUUCGAACGACGGUAUCCCGAUGGACUCGUUGGGCGAGCUCCAAGAAAACGGCUUCGAGCCACAAACGAGAGCGCGUUCGAACACAUGGCCACUGCCGCGUCCCGAGAACUUUGUCGAUCCGCCCGAAGAACCGGGCAGCACAAAGGCAAGCAAUCAACAAUUGGCAACGGCUGGUGUCCCUCCAACACCGACAACGGGCGGCAAUGCCGUCAGCGGGUCAUCCAAGAAAAAUUCAUCGCGUCGCAAUGCCUGGGGCAAUUUAUCAUAUGCUGAUCUAAUUACACAAGCAAUUCAAUCUGCAACAGAUAACCGUUUGACAUUGAGCCAAAUAUACGAGUGGAUGGUACAGAAUGUUCCGUAUUUUAAGGACAAAGGUGAUUCAAAUAGCAGUGCUGGAUGGAAGAAUUCAAUUCGGCACAACCUUUCCCUGCACAACAGAUUCAUGAGAGUACAAAAUGAGGGCACCGGAAAGUCAUCUUGGUGGAUGCUCAAUCCCGAUGCGAAGCCAGGUCUUACAGGGAAAUCAGUGCGUCGACGUGCUGCAUCCAUGGAGACAUCCAAGUUUGAGAAGCGGCGAGGGAGAGCGAAAAAACGCGUCGAAGCUAUUAGAAAUGCACAAGCUUUAGGAUUAGCAAAUACAAAUGUCAUGAACGAUGCCACGCCAUCACCCAGUAGUAGUGUAAGUGAGGGAUUAGACCUAUUUCCAGAUAGUCCAUUGCAUAGUGGUUCCUUUCAACUGUCGCCCGAUUUCCGGCAACGUGCCUCAUCGAAUGCCAGUUCCGUGGGUCGCCUCAGUCCGAUUCCGGCGCUCGUGUCACUCGACAACGACUGGGCAUUCGGCGGCACCAACUUACAGGAAUUCGGGCAGGAUCUCACGGAUUCCGGCGUUGCCGCCAACCCGACAUCGCAACAAGGACAACAGCAACUGGACGAGCUCGCGGGAUCUCUAGCGGGCGACCUGACGCUACACAAUGAUUUCCUACAAGGAUUUACCGCAGCAGGGCAAAUGCAUAAUCCGCAACAGCCGCCACCACCGUACCAACCACCUCAGCCAUACUCGAUGCAAGGAACAGUCCCAUUCGGCAUUCAUAAUCACAUUUUGCAGAAUAGUACAAGAGAGUUACAGAGCAUGUCACCCGCAUCUGGCACUGGAAUGUCUCCGUCGUAUCCGCAUAGCGAGCCAUCACCCGACUACACGAUGAUUGUGCAAGGAUCACGAUCAAACAUCCAGAGACCACCGUCACCCAGCCCACCGCUUACGCCAAGUUCCCAAGGUGUCUCUAGCAUAGGUGAGGAGUCGCUGUCCCUUAAUUUGCGGCAAAAUCUCAUCUUUCAUCCUCACUUAGGCGAUAGCAAUACUCCCCAAACACUCAUGGGCCAAUUCAUGAAUGCGCUAAAUAACUCCAGUCCCAGCAACGUGGACGACUUGAAUAUCGAUGUCGAUGGCUUGCAAGGCGGCUUGGAAUGCAAUGUGGAUGAAAUCAUCAAACAAGAAUUCAGCAUCGACGGAUCGCUCGACUUUAAUUUUCCACUUCAGCAACAGCAACUCCAGCAGCCGCAACAAUUGCUGCCCAAUGGCCUCCACUAUGCGCCCCAACCGCACGAAACGGUCAUGAGUGUCCUCAAUGGCACAUCGAACUCGCCCGCUGUCACGGUGCAACACAAUGCCGCCCGACAGAGUGUCACGUCGCCAUCGUGGGUGCAUUAAACGUGCGACAACAGCAAAAAAAAUAUUAAAUGAUAAUUAAUUAAAUUAAACAAAAAAAAAUUAUACGUGUAACUUUUCUGUGAAUGGACUUAGAGAUAAAAAAAAUUUAGCUAAACAAAAAAAAAAUUAGAACUGUACGAAGCAUCUAGACAAGCACUCUGAGGGGUUGUUCACACGCCGCCACCGCGUCUAUUAAAGGAAAUAUUAGUCGUUGUUGUAGGAAAUUCUAUAUUUAAUUUAUAAGAUUUCAUACGUAGUCAUUAACUUUAGAUUGCAACUGCUAGAGGCACUGAAUUUUUUGGCAUCUAAUGGUUAAAAAAAAGGAAUAAGAUCUAGAAAAUAAUUUAAUUUUUUAUUUCGGUUCAACAUUUUUCUCAUCUGGUGAAAAAUGAGUCACUCGUAUACCUGCAUUAAUAAAAAAAAAAAAUAAAUUUAAAAAAAAUCUAGGUUUGAGAGAAAAAAUAGAGAAACAGAAUCACAGCAAGAAAAAAAUCGCACACGCAACAGUUUUUAUUAAAAAAAAAAAAAUAAAAUAAAUUAAAAAAAAACAUGAAACUUUUCACGCUUAGAAAAUUAUAUUUUUUAAUGUUUUAAAAACUUUUUUAUAACUCUUUAUUAAUUAUUACGAUUAUUAAUUAUUAAAACUUUAUAAUUAUUACUGAUUCAAUACGUAAAAAAAAAAUAAAUAAAAAAAAUGGAAAUUCAUUCAAGUAAUAGAAAAUGUAAAAGUUGUUAUAAAAAAAAUUGUUAUUUAAUUUUUAAAUAAAUAAAAAAAAAAUAAUAAAUAAUUAAAAUUGUUUGUUAAUAAUUAAUUAAAAGUUUUUUUAAACUUUUUUUUUGUACAGCAAGUCGUGCCAUUUAAAAAAAAUAAUUUUCCGGGAGAACGUUAACAAUCACACAACACAAUUUGUUUGUAUAUGAUGCAAAAUGCGCUUCUUUAUUAAAAUAUAUUUAUUUGUCUUCCGUUGUAUUUUUGCUCAUUUUUUCACAAUUAAUUAAAUUUUAAAAUAAAAAAUUAGUUCAAUUGUUUGUAAAUAAUAAAAAUAAAUAAAUAAAUUGCUUGAUUCUUGAAAUGAAAAAAAAACUUGUAAAUAUUUUUGUAGUAAGUCCUCAUCAUCGUUGUCGUCGUGAUUUAACAAGCUCACACUCACUCACUCACAAUUAUAUAGUCGUCUUUUCAUCAAAUAUAAAAUUUCAUUGAUCAUGAAAAUUUAUAUUAAAUAAUAAAUAAACAACUUUUUACCAAUAUAACUUGAAAUUAUUUUUAAAAAUUGCAUUCGUUAUGUAAAAUUUAUUAUAAAUAUUAAUAAAAAUAUAGAUAAAUGAUAAAAAUAAAACAUUAUUAUUAUUAUUAAAAUACAAUAUGAAACUAAAAAAAAGAAGAAGAUCGUAGAAUAUAAAACGUCAAUAAAGAAAAGUAAUAAGAGACUACGUGUAGAAAGUACGUAAUCGUAUAUAAAUAGUAAAUAAAAAAUAAUAAAAAUGAUUGUAAUAUUCGGUAAUAUUAAUAAUAAUGAUAAUUUAGUAGUCUGGUAGUUAUAUAAUAUUGUAGUUAUACACAUAUUAUACAUAAAAAUAAUAAAAA